AUGGUUAUUGAUAAGAUUCCUUGUUUGUAUGCAUUAAGUAGUGGUUUAACUAUUACUCCUUCUUCGGAUCAAGAUAAUUUCAUCACCAUCAUCAAAUGCUCCCCUCCAAAGAAUAUAUUUGUCUAUGAUUUGAACAAGUAUGAUAUUUGUGAUAUUGUUGCUGGUGAGGAUUUUGCAAUCUUUGUUAAUAGAGCUGGAAAUUGUUAUUUAUUGGCUGAUGGAAUAGAGGACAAAUCUAAAAAGUGGAAGGUUUGGAUGGGAUUGGAAGAUGUUGAAUUGAAUGGGAAAGAUGCUGUUUUGAUACCAUUUACUGUGGAAGAUCCUAUUGAGAUGGUAUUUGCUCAUUCGUUUUGUGUACUUGUAAAUAGACAUGGUCAGGUUUAUUACUUUCCAGAAUAUGAUAAUAAUAACACCAUAGGUAGCCAACCAACUCUUCUUUCAAAAUUGAGUAUGGAUUUGUUUGGAGGAGAGAGGAUUGUACAUUGUGGACUUGGAAAUGAACAUGCCUUGUUUUUGACUGAAAGUGGAAAGGUGUUUGGAAGUGGAGCUAAUUCUAGCGGACAAUUGGCCAAUGCAAAGUGGUAUUCUGAUCAAAAGUUUGUUCAAUUACCAACUGACCAUAUUCCAGACAAGAUUGUAAAGGUUUUUGCUACUUAUAACACCUCAUUUGUGCUUACAGAAAAUAAUGAAGUUUGGAGUUGUGGAGAUACUACUUAUAAUGCCUCUGGUCACAAGGCCAACCAAAAUAACAAAACAACUGAGCUUGUGAAAAUUCCAAUAGAUGAGAAAAUCGUAGAUAUAGAGCCAGGUCUAUUUUUCGUGGCCUUUAAAACAAUAGGUGACAAGUAUCUUGUUUUUGGUUAUAACAACUUUUCACAAUUUGGAAGAUCGGAAACCUUGGCUGAGAGAAUUGAUGGUCCUCAUCCAUUAGAUACCUUCCCUAAUGAAAAUAUUCAAAAAAUAGUAUGUGGAGGUUACAAUUCAAUAAUUAUUUCUCAAGAUAGAAAAUAUUAUUCAGCUGGAUGGACCAUCGAUGCCCCUUUCUAUCCAUCAAAAGAAAAUUUUUACAAUCUUAUUGACAUGCAAAGGUUUUUAGGAAUUAGAAGACCAUUCACAGAUUCAUCAGUAGAAUUGUGUGCAACUAUGGGACGAUACUUCUCAAUCUUUUUUUCCAGGGAUAGUGCAAGAAGACCUCUCAAUUUCAAGAAAUCUUUCAAAAUUUGUGAUAUUCUCAUCAAGACACAAAAUGGUGGAGAUGUAGUUGGACAAGAAGAAUAUUCAAACUUUAUGUAUUCAAGUGAUUAA